AAUGAAGCAUCUGCAGCUAAAAAACCUGUGAAAAGAUCAACCUUUUCAAACUGACUUAAUGCAGCCCAAGACUGAUCUGUUUAUUAUUAUGGAUUAACCAAUUUAUAGCAAAAUACAUUUAAUAUGAUAUUUAUAAUUAUUUAAAGUCUUUAGGACACACGUCCAGGUCGAGUCUAAAAUCUUUCAGUGAAACUUGAUUCAGAUUCUCAGACUCUGAUGUUCGUCUCUGUUCACCAUCUUCAGCUCUUCAAAUUAAAAACAUUCAAACUGAAACACAUUUUCUGAUGAAACAUGAAGCAGCUUGUUGACCUGAUAUGAACUGUUCAAAGAAUGAAUUUUACUUUCCUGGACUCCUUGGAGACGAUGGAUCAGCUUCACUGAUUAUAAGAACUGGGUUGGAUUUUUACUUUCAGUUUCACUUUCCUGUAAACCAGCAGAAUCACAGAACUCCUCCUCUUCCUCUUCCUCUUCCUAUAAGAACAAAGAGUUUCUGUCAGAUUAUUUUGGCUCUCAGUCGACCAACAGAGACGCUGCACUAUUCCUGUGACAUCUCUCUCUUUGUGAUGGCUACAGCUGACCAGUUGGUGAAGGAGAUUUUCUCCUGGAUCACGCAGGGGGAGAAUUAUGCAGACAAGCUGAAGAAACUAGCAGGGAGGCUGGAGUCCGAAAGGGAACAAGCCAAUGCUAUUAAAUUUCUUGGUGCCUCAGCUGGAGUGAUGGGAUCAGCCCUCCUGGUUGGAGUUGGAGCUGCCUCCGUGCUCACCGGUGGAUUAGCUACUCCUCUCUUAGCACUGGGCGCUGCGUAUACUGGUGGCGGUGCUGUUGCUUGUGCUUGCUCCAGUGAAACUGAAGAGAAAUAUUCUAAGAAAAUACUGAGUGAGGCUCGAGAUAUUUUAAACAGAAGCAACGAGAAAGUGACCAUGAUUCAGGAGUUGUUUGAGAAACUGAAGAAGGAGAAGAAGAGGCAGAACUCCAUGUUGGAUCCUAAAGAGCUGGAUAAUCAUGUCUUGGCUGAUGUUCUGAUGGCUGUGGGGAGACACAGAGAACUGGACAUGUCCAACAUGAACCAUCUGCUUACAAACCAGAUAGAGUUCAGUUUUGCUAAUGGAGUAAACAUGUGUGGACCACAGCUGGGUUUUUCACCCAUCCUGGUGUCUGUUUGUGCUGUUCUGUUGAUGUUCAACCUGAAAGUUGGAUCAAAGAGCCUGGGCUUCAUGGCCACAUUUGGACCUGGUGCUCUUUCUGGAGGCAUCAUACUUGCAGGGGCAGGGGCGAUGGCAUACUUCCUUCCAGAAGCAGUUGACAGCUGGAAUGAUCUGAUCAAGAAGAACUAUGUGACAGAAGCCAGUCGAUCUCUGAGGAGCAGAGCUGAGGAGAUCCUGAAGGUCACCAGGGAGCUGAGGGAGCAGUUCAACACUAUUGAGGAAUCUCUCAGAAAGCUCUCCAGAAUCAAAUUCAUCAUAGAGAAGAAAAACAGGAACCAAGAUGAGAAGAGAGAGCUGAUAGAUUAUGCAAUUAAAAACUCUCCUUACCCAGAGGUUAAACAGUGGUUGAUUGACAACGCAGGGUCUGAUGUCUUCUGCCAUCUGGUAAAUCUGGGAAACUUCAUAAAGCAGAAGCUGUAUGAGGAGGCGGAGCAGAAGACAGAGGAGGAUUGGAAGUGGAGGAAGAUCGAACUGGUUUUCUUGGCUCAUGGAUCGAUUGAGAACCGAAUGAUUCCUGCCAGAUGUCUGAUGCCUCUGCCGUCCAUCACAGACGUCCUGCUGUAUUCUCCCUGGAACUGCCUCCUGUAUCCUGAAGCGGCCUACAGCAUCGCUACAGGAAGCAUCCAGCCUGACCACCGGCUGUUUGGAUGUGCCAAUCCAGGCCUAUGCUAUUGUUCUCCUGAGACUUCUCGUGAUGUCCAUGUACCUUUACAUCUGCCCUCUAGAUGGAACUCUAUGAGGGACGCUGGAUGUCAAGAAAUCCCUAACAUCAUGGUUAGUCCGGUAGCAAAAGAAGGAGACCCUGCGUUCGCAGAUUUCAUUGCACUACGAGAAUGUUAUGGUACUCCAACAGCCAACCGGUAUCUCGUCCCGUACCUCGCCCCCGAGAUCGGCAGAGUGCCCUUCUUCAUCGUCACGUUGGCCAUUUCUCUGGUGCUCUUACUUACAAAUCAUGAAGCCACCGUCCACCUGGCCGCCUGCCUGGGAAAAUCACCCAGAAAUGCCGUAAUGCAGGAGGAGCGUCUGAGCUGGCAGUAUUCCUACACUGUGGACAACACCGGCAUGACCGUUCCAAGAGAAACGAUCCAAAAUAGAUACGGUCCAGUUUUUAAUAUGUUCAAGGCUGUUUUUGGUGACGAGUCUCCAUUCUUUUAA